AUGGAGCACAACCCGAUCCAUAACGAGGUGACGGUUGCUGCUCAGCCGCAAGCUCCCAAGGGCCGUCAACGGGCCAAGCAAGCUUGCGAUGAAUGCCGCAGACGCAAGCGCAAGUGUGAUAGCACCUUUCCGUGCGCUAUGUGCGUACAGUUUGAAUAUCCAUGUAAAAUCAACGGAGUCCUCGUCCCUGGCCAAAAGCUCAAGAGAUCUCUUGAUGUGAUGCUUGAGAGCAGUGAGGCAUCUUUUCAAACUGCGCCCUCAGCUCCGCCUUCAGAUGUUGCCCGUCAUACUCCACUCCCUCCUCUCAAUCGCGGCAUCAUUGAGCCAGCAAAGCGACGCUACAUGAACCAGAACUCGGCUGUGGCCUUUCCCAACCAGCUGGGCGUGGAGCUUGAGUCUGCUCAUCCUCCCCGUCUCCAUUCGUUUGCCUGGAACUGUGGCAUUCGCCCUGAGGAACCUGGAUCCAUUCAUGCUCCAUUGACCAACUACAUCAGUUAUGAGGAGUGUCGACACUAUACGGAAAUCUACUUCUCCACUGUAGAUGUGCCGUUCCAUCUCUUUGACAAGCAAAAGUUCCUCCAGCAGUGUGAUACCUACUUCAAUAGACGAAACCAAGAUCUCAUCCUCGGCGCCUUGAUUGGAGCCGUUGUUUCUCUCGGCUCUCUCUUUGCCUUUCAUCAAGGUCAUCCUAUGGAGUCGCAAAUCGUCAAGCAUGUCAAGGAUGUCCUCGAGGACUCGACUUUCAGCCGUCUUCCCUCCAUUGAUCAAGUCAACGCAUGGAUUCUCCGGACUCUCUAUCUUCGCUCGACAACCAGACCCCAUCUUACUUGGCUUUCGUCUUGCACCGUCAUGCAUCUGGUGGAGGCUGUUGGACUUCACCGUGAUCUUAACUCGGAGCUUGUCACCCAGAGCCUUCAGACUCCCGCCACAGAGGAUGAGGGAAGCAAGCGGACCUUUUGGCUCGCUUGGUGCCUCAAUACAAUCAUUGCGUACGAGUAUGGCCGUACCAAGAUUCAUUUUGAUGGCGUAGACUCUCGAUCCACCCCCUUUGAUGACAGAGGUGAGACUGGCCUCCAAAUACGCAUGGCCAGAAUCUUGCCGAGCGAUAGUCUCAGCGGCGAUGUGAUGACUGUCAGCAAAUCUCUCGAGGCUGCCAUCCAAAAGCUUCUCGACAUGGGAGAGGUCAAGGGCUUUCCUGCCCUUACCAGAGGAGAUCUCUGCUUCUGCCUCUAUCGCCGCCUUCGCCUCCUCAAGGUCAGCAUCAGCAAAGAUACCUUGUCGCAGAUCCUUCAGAUCGGCCAUACUGCCGUCGAGGCAGCUUCUGACUUGGCAGAACGAGGUAUUCCGUGGUGGAAUGUCCUGGGCACCACCUUCCAAUUCUUUUGCGUCUUGCUCGCCAUCGACAACCGUGACAGCCUCACCCAAGUCUCGUGGGUUAUGCCCAAGCUCGAGCGCAUCGUGGAGAUCCUCAACACACACAUGGCUGCCGAAGCACUCGACACGGCUAAGACCCUGAUGAGAGAUGCGUUGGCCAAGAAGAAUCAGGAGAUUGCUCUGUUGGAGGCGUCGAAUGGUAAUGGCUUCCCGUUUCCUCACAGAGAGCUGACACCUGAUUGGGACACCAUGUUGAACCCAUAUUAUAUCGUGGGAGGCUUCAAUUUUAAGGAUCUUGGGGUCUGA